AGGUUCGAGAAGUCCCUCUAUGACUUCAUCCGUGGCCUGCGGAACCACAAGGGCCACGAGAAGGAGUACAUUCAGAAUUGUCUGAAAGAAUGCCGCGCCGAAGUUCGAACGCAAGAUAUGGAUCUCAAGGCGACUGCCUUGCUCAAGCUCUGCUACCUCGAGAUGAUGGGCCACGACAUGUCAUGGGCCUCCUUUCACGUCCUCGAGGUCAUGUCCUCUGCCAAGUAUCACCAGAAGCGCAUUGGAUACCUGGCCGCCGUCCAGAGCUUUCGACCCGAUACCGAAGUCCUGAUGCUGGCCACAAAUUUGAUCAAGAAGGACCUGGCCUCUCCUUCAGCGACGACGAUCAUUCUUCCGAUCACUGCCCUUCCUCACGUAAUCAAUCCUUCGUUGGCCCUGUCAACUCUCUCCGAUCUCAUACCGCGUCUCACCUCCAGCAACCCCUCGAUCCGAAAGAAGACCAUUGUCACAUUAUACAGAUUAGCGCUGGUGUAUCCAGAGACACUCAGGGCAGCAUGGCCGCAGAUUAAGGAUCGCCUUAUGUCCCCAGAUGAGGACCCCAGUGUGACGGCUGCCAUCGUGAAUGUCGUCUGCGAAUUGGGCUGGAGGCGCCCGAAUGACUUCCUCCCUCUAGCACCCAGGCUGUUUGAACUUCUGGUCGACGGGAACAAUAAUUGGAUGGCCAUCAAGUUGAUCAAGCUGUUUGCUACCUUGACGCCUCUAGAACCUCGGCUUGUUCGAAAGUUGCUACCUCCUCUCACAGACCUGAUACGGACCACACCAGCUAUGUCUCUACUAUAUGAAUGCAUCAAUGGUAUUAUUCAGGGUGGUAUCCUCGGGGACUCCGACGAUGUAUCAGGCAGGGAAGAGAUCGCAUCUUUGUGUGUCACAAAGCUUCGAGGCAUGAUUAUGGUUGAUGGUGAUCCGAACCUGAAAUACGUCGCCCUGCUGGCUUUCAACAAAAUUGUCAUAACACAUCCUUUCUUGGUGGCUCAACAAGAGGAUGUGAUUAUGGAGUGUAUAGACAGUCCCGACAUCACCAUCCGCGUUCAGGCCUUGAACUUGGUCAAGGGCAUGGUCAGCAGCGACAAUUUAAUGUCAAUAGUCAGCCGCCUCAUGAGACAGCUGAAGAACUCGACCCCUGCAAGGCCGACGGCUCAAAGACUUGAGACGGGCUCAGACGAGGAUGUGGACGCCGAGGUCGCCAUCAACCCACACGAGAGAGAAGCCGAGCAGGCGCCGCCAUUGCCAGAUGACUACAGGAUUGAGGUGAUUGGGCGGAUCUUGGCUAUGUGUUCCCAGGACAACUACAGCAAUCUCGUCGACUUCGAAUGGUACAUCGACAUCUUGACACAACUUGUGCGGAUGGCUCCCGUCUCAAGACAGGUUGACGACGGCCUUGAGCAGACUGCGACGACCACUCAGCUUUCGGCAGGAGACGUAUCAGAAAAGAUUGGAAAUGAGUUGAGGAGCUUGGCAGUAAAGGUCAAGGCAAUUAGGCCCACUGCAGUGAAUGCUGCCGAACUUAUUUUGCGCCAAUACGGCAUCGAGUCGAACUCGACACAAUCCGUCACAUCGGGCGCACUCAGGCCUGUUGCUUGGAUCGUCGGAGAAUACUCGGACCAGUUGACGUCCUCGGAAGAUAGCCUGGGACAUUUGCUGCAGAUACUACCUCGUGCCAAGUAUCCUGAUGUCCUAGCCUCUUGUCUGCAAGCGACGAUCAAGAUCUUCGCCCAGGUCGCCGGAAGCGAUCUUGAUAUCUGGACAUCGGAACGGAAGGCCAAGACGUCGUUGUUACUGGCGCGAAUAGUACACGUGCUGGAACCCUUGGCUCUUCAUCCCAACCUCGAGGUUCAAGAGCGCGCGGUCGAGUUCACCGAGCUCCUCAAGCUUACUUCUGAGGCCGUUUGUGGGCAGCCCACUUCAACCGACGAAGUCCAACAAGACCCACCGCUGUUACUCACGCAGGCAAUCCCUUCCUUGUUCAUUGGAUGGGAACUGAACUCGGUUGCUCCAGGUGCACAGAUAAAUGUGCCAUUGCCAGCCGGGCUCGACCUUGACGAGCCCAUCCACCCCAAUCUCAAUCGGCUGCUAUCUGCAGCAGACACUAUCACCCCCGGCAUAGAAGAGGAAGACGAGUUCGAGGUUUACUACUACCAGAGACCGCCACCGACGACGAUCUCGUCCACUGAGCCUGCCAUCAACAGACUUGCAGACGCGCCCGAGGAGAUCGCAACGUCGUAUCAGGCAAGCGAGGAAAGCUACCUCGACCCUGACAUCUUGGCAAGGCGAAAGGCAGAGCGCGACGAGAGAAACAAAGAUGAUCCAUUCUACAUCCAGGCGCCCGCCAGCCGCACAGGGACCUCAACACCUAUUCAUAAUAUACUGCAGACCGAGAACGGCCCUGAUCUCGAUAUAGACUCGAUACCCGUCAUGCAACUCGACCUCGGCAAAGUGGAGAGCGCCGGACCGACGUCUAAUCUCAGCCUGCGACCAAAACCGCGGCAACGUGUGGUGAUCGCUCAGGAUGAGAACCUGGCUGGUAGUGGCGGGUCGACGCCGCGUAAUUACGACUCAGAAAACAACUCGGACGCCCUCACAAAGGCCCGCGCCAAGAAGCUCAAGCAGUCGCUGCUGCAGGUGGACUCGAGUAAUAUUGGCAGCCUCACAUUGGAAGGUGGCGGGGAUAGUGUGAACGGCUCUGGGUACGACUAUGAGCGUCAGAAGCAGGAAGAGGCUGAGAUGGCACAGGCCAUGAAGGAGGUCGAGAGAUUGCGACUGGAGAUGCAGAGAGCUAACGAGAGAAUACAAGUUGCGCAAGGCGUGGAUGUCGAGGGCACGGUGAUCAAGAAGAGGAAGAAGAAGGCAACGAGGCCAAAGGUCGAGGGAGAGGAAGGAGGCGAGCCUGUUGUUACUAAAGUGAAGAAGAAAAAGAAGCAGCCUGCUGCGGUGACAGGGGAGGCUGACGGGGAGAACGGAGAGGGCCUGGCUGCGGGUGCUGGAGAGGCCACGGUCAAGCCAAAGAAGAAGAAGAAACCUAAGCCGCCUGUGGAGAUACAGGAGUCUGCUUAAAUAUCUCUGAAAGGAUAAGGAAGAAAGAAGAAACAAUAACAAGAAAAAAAGAGG